AUGCAUCCAAUCGCGAGAUCAGGAAUCUUCGGUUUAACGCAGAGAGAAUUGCGUUUGAAGAGAUCGCUCGGUUCGCAAGAGUUGAUCGAUCGGGACCAGAAGUACGGCGGUAGGCACUUCAAGCCGCUUCCGGUGGUGCUAACCAAGGGCGAGGGUGUUCAUCUGUGGGACGUGGAAGGGAAGCGGUAUCUCGAUUUCCUCGCGGGCUUCUCAACCGUGAACCAGGGCCACAGUCAUCCACGAUUGGUAAAAGUAACGAGGGAACAAGCGGGAAACCUCGCUCAUACGUCCAGGGCGUUUUAUACCGAGCCUCACGGUCAACUCGCCGAGUAUCUCACCAAGCUUUUAGGAUGGGAGAAAUUUCUCCCCAUGAACACCGGGGUCGAGGCUGGCGAUACAGCGAUCAAAGUAGCCAGACGUUGGGGAUACAGGGCGAAAAAGAUUCCGACGGAACAGGCGACCGUUGUCUUUGCGCGAAGCAACUUUUGGGGACGUUCCAUAGCAGCACUGUCAGCUUCCACCGAUCCAAAUUGUUACACAGACUUCGGACCGUACGUGCCUCGGUUCGACAAGCUGCCGUACAACGAUCUCGUCGCUUUGGAACUGAAAUUCAAGCAAGACCCAACUGUUUGCGCGUUCAUGGUAGAGCCGAUUCAGGGAGAAGCAGGUGUCGUAGUGCCUAGAGACGGUUACUUGAAAGGUGUACGCGAUCUCUGCACCAAGUACGACGUGUUAUGGAUCGCGGACGAAGUCCAGACUGGUUUAGGCAGAACGGGCAAGAGAUUGGCGGUCGAUCAUGAAAAUCAAAGGCCGGACAUUAUGAUUUUAGGAAAGGCAUUGUCCGGUGGAAUGUACCCCGUUUCCGGUAUCCUAGCCGACGAACAGAUAAUGUCGUGCCUGGAAAGUGGCUCGCACGGUAGCACCUUCGGUGGAAGUCCUCUCGGGAACAGAAUCGCCUUGGAGGCGGUGAAAAUUGUCGAGGAAGAAAAUCUGGCGGAGAACGCGAGGAAACUUGGAGAAAUUGUACGGAAGAGAUUGGAGAAAAUUCCGAAAGAUAUAGCUACGGAGUAUCGAGGUCGUGGUCUCUUGGCAGGCUUGGUGAUCAAUAAAGACUUUGCCGAAGGGUGGGAUAUUUGUUUGAAACUGAAAGAUGCAGGCCUCCUUACGAGACCCGCUCACGGACAGAUAUUGAGAAUAUCGCCACCGCUCACCAUCACUAGAGAACAACUCGAACAAGGUCUCGACAUACUCACCACGGUCCUCGACAAUUACAAAUCAACCUGA